AAACCCGAUCUGAUCCGACCUGACUCCCAAGUUCCCGGAACAUCUACGGCUUUGCCUUCGCCUUUUUUUUUUGUCUUGUAAUAAAAUCUCAAUUUACUAACUGUCUUUUUUUUUUUUUUUUUUUCUGUUUUCUAGAAGAGAUUGAAUUCUUAUUUCAUUCUCAGAAUCGAGAACCUUGAAUUUUUGGCAAAUGUCGUGAACUUAUCUCAUUGUUAUAUAUGUAUUUGCCUGCAAAUAGAUGGAUAUUGAUUCGAUUAUUGGUGAAACAAUGAGCCGUUCUGUGAAUAUUCCAACAAAGAGUGCAAUUUAUGUUUGGGGAUAUAAUCAUAGUGGCCAGACUGGUAGGAGAGGGAAAGAGCAACAAUUGAGGAUCCCGAAACAGCUAUCUCCAGAGCUUUUUGGGUGUCCGGCGGGGGCUAAUGCCCGUUGGUUGGAUAUUGCUUGUGGCCGUGAGCAUACUGCCGCUGUGGCCUCAGAUGGUUCAUUAUUCACUUGGGGUGCUAAUGAGUUUGGUCAACUGGGAGAUGGCACUGAAGAGGGGAGGAAACACCCAAAGAAAGUAAAACAAUUGCAGACAGAGUUCGUGAAAUUUGUAUCUUGUGGGGCACAUUGCACUGCUGCUAUUGCAGAACCUCGUGAAAAUGAUGGGACCAUCUCAACAAGCAGACUCUGGAUUUGGGGACAAAAUCAGGGAUCAAAUAUACCUCGUUUAUUUUGGGGUGCCUUCACUCCUAACACGAUCAUCCGUCAAGUGUCCUGUGGAGCAGCUCAUACAGUUGCUUUAUCUGAGGAAGGCCUACUGCAGGCUUGGGGCUAUAAUGAGUAUGGUCAGCUUGGCAGAGGCGUUACUUCUGAAGGAUUACAGGGGGCUCGUGUGAUAAGUACAUAUGCGAAAUUCCUUGAUGAAGCUCCUGAGCUUGUGAAGAUCACCCAAGUGUCAUGUGGGGAGUACCACACUGCAGCUAUUUCUGAAAAAGGCGAGGUCUAUACUUGGGGUCUAGGAAAUAUGGGUCAACUUGGGCACAGUUCCCUUCAAUCUGGUGAUAAAGAGUUAUUGCCAAGGAGAGUAGUUUCUCUUGAUGGAAUAUGCAUAAAGGAUGUUGCUUGUGGUGGGGUACAUGCUUGUGCUUUGACUUCACAGGGAGCGCUCUAUGCCUGGGGUGGUGGUCAAGUGGGACAGCUAGGCCUUGGACCUCAGACACGAAUUUUUUCAUGUGACCCUAGUGAUUCAUUCUUUCGUAAUAUCCCUGCUUUGGUUGUCCCCGCUGGUGUCCAGCUAAUUGCUUGUGGACAUUCUCACACACUCAUAUGUAUGAAAGAUGGAAGGAUUCAUGGAUGGGGUUACAAUAGUUAUGGUCAGGCAGCUAAUCAGAAUUCUAUUUAUGCGUGGUAUCCUUCACCAGUUGAUUGGUGUGUUGGUGAAGUGCGAAAACUAGCAGCUGGUGGUGGUCAUUCUGCUGUAUUGACUGAUGCAUGUUCCUUGAAAGAACUUUGUGAGUUUAGGCUUGCAGAUAAUGUGACCUUAUCAAAUGCUGCAGAGAUUGAGGAUGUUGCAUCUCGAACAGGAUCAGAUGCUUUAGCACGUCUUUGUGGGAGACUGAGGGAACAUUUUCUUCAUGGUGGUGAUUGCGAUUAUCAAGAUGACGACAGCAAUCUCAAGAAUUGAUUACAAAAUCAAUAGGUCACUAUGAAUUUCCUGUUGUGUCCUUCGUUACCAAUCUCAGUAGAAUUGUAGGAUGAGAAAUGUGUUAAUUACUUAUAUGAUGAAAGCCGAGCAAGGCUUUGCUUUCAAAUUAUUAUUAAUACCAAAAUCCAUUCUAUUGGUUGAUGGCCAAGUUGGUAAGAACAGUUAAACCAAGCAAUGACAUCAAAUGACAAACUUGUUUCUAUGACUUUGUAGAACAUGAAAGUUGCAUGGCUUUAAACUUGAAAGCCAGCUAAAGAACCAUUCACCCUAGGCAUCAUUGUGUUUCUUUUGUAGUCCUGCAUUUGCAUUAGAACUUCUCUUUUUGAACUUAUCUUUCGUUUUCCUCAGAUUGUUAUUUUCUUUUUUUUAAAUUCAAGAAAUUUCUCUAAACAAUUUCUCAUGGAAAGAAUAAAAAAAAAAAAAAAACACUUAAACUAUAUGCAUGCAGUGGGGAACAAUUCUCUCUCUUUUAGGAUAGUUACAUUUCCUGUUGAGUUGCUCUUUAGUGUCUGCUUUUUCUGUCACUUGAUCUUAUUGUAUCAGAUAGCUGCCAUUAAGUUCUUGCAGCUUCAUAGUAAUGAGGACUAACUCAUUGAGAAGCUUACUUUGAUUCUCAUCCUAGUCUGAUUGAGGUGCAUUGUAGCCUUUCAAUCAAGUGUUUGUUCAUUCCAAUUGAGUUAGGGUAACUAUAUUAUUUUCUUCUUAUAAAAAAUAUUGGAUUAUAUCAUGCCAAAAGCUCUUUAUAUUCUGCGGUGAAAGUAAUUUUAUGGAAAGUUGCUCAUGAGAAACCUGUUAUUUUUAUAGAGUUUGUCAAGGAGAACAGUUCAGAAACAUUGUUGGAGAAAAUCAAUCUCAUCUUAUAACAGAAACGGAAUAUUCUUGGGUGAAUAUCCUUAAUUCUUAGAGCUAUCGCUGCUGUUCAUUUAAUGUUCUCAUAACAUCUAUCUGCUCGUGUAAAAUGAAAGAGAAUUU